CGUGCGUGGGCGGGCGCGCGCGCCGGCAGUCGAGCAGAGAAGAGGAGGAGGCGAGGACACGCGCGCGCUUUCUCUCUCUCUCUCUCUCCGCCUUCGCUCGGGGGGCCUUUUCUCGCCUUGAGGAGGCACAACGCUGGCUCCGCUACGAGCAAGUCGGAGGAGGAGGAGAAGGAGGAAGGCACCGAAGGCGCCAUGGAGGAGCUGAGCAGCGUGGGCGAGCAGGUCUUCGCCGCCGAGUGCAUCCUCAGCAAGCGGCUCCGCAAGGGCAAGCUGGAGUAUUUGGUGAAGUGGAGGGGCUGGUCGUCCAAGCACAACAGCUGGGAACCAGAAGAGAACAUUCUUGAUCCCAGGCUGCUCCUGGCCUUUCAGAAAAAAGAACAUGAGAAAGAAGUACAGAAUCGGAAGAAAGGCAAACGACCCAGAGGCAGACCUAGAAAAAAUGUGGAACCAGAGGUACCUUCAAAGAGCAAAUCCAGCAGCUCUUCCUCCUCAACCUCCUCUUCAUCUUCUUCUUCUGAGGAAGAAGAUGAAAGUGAUCUGGAGACAAAAAGAGCUCAACGGAGCAGAGAGAGUCACCCAGUGCCUCAGAAGAAAGCUCAGAUUCUGGUGGCCAAACCUGAGAACAAGGACCCUGUGAGAAAGAAGCGUGGGCGGAAACCGCUGCCUCCAGAGCAGAAGGCAGCCAAGCGGACUGUCAACCUAACAAAGGUACUUAAAACAAAUCAGAAAGACAUGGGAAGGGGAGGAGGACCCAAACUGAUGAGCAAGAUACCACCACAACAUAGCGCUCAGACUUCCGGCAUUGCCAUGCUUAAAUCCCACAUGAAGGAAGCUCAAGGGGCAUUUGGUGGGUUUUGUUCAGGACCAUCUUCUGCUGACAAUCUCUCUAGCAUUGUGAAGAAUGCCUCCCCUGGAAGUCCAAGCUGUGGUAUCAGCUGGCAAAGCUCCAUUGUGCAUUACAUGAGCAGAAUGUCACAGAACCAGAGUUCGGCGGAUGCCUCUGCAGUAGGGAGGCUGGCCCUUAAGUCAGCCAUGUCCUGCAAAAGUGGCCUGGGACUUGACUUAAAACUAAAAAACCAGAAAGGAGCUGGGGAUCUGGAGUUGACCAUGCAAGGAUCCAAAGUGACUAAGAGGCCCAAUGGCAGCAGUACAUUGGGGGAACAGAAAACAGGGUAUGGAGGUAGUGCUCAGAAUUUGCACAAUGGCAACAAGGUUCUUGCUGGGAGUCAGUCAGCUUCCUCCAAACAGGAACUCAACCUCCAAGCUUUAAAUCUACAGAGUGUGAAAAAUGGGCCAAAUUCCACUGGCAGUAGCAAUCUUCCUCGCCAUGGUUGUGGAACUGUUACCAAAAGUGCAGGUGGCACUCUAGCAACAAACAUAGGUGUGGUCAAGGGCAGCGGGGCUGGUGGCUGUGGCCCAAAUAUUGCCAGUGCAGGGGCACCAUCAAUGGACACUGCGUCUCGCAAAAGUGAGAAGGCUUCACAGAGUACAGCCACUGAUGAAAAGGAUUUGACAACCAAAAGCCGCCCUCCUUGUGUGAAAGAGGGAUGUCCCACAGCAGAGAACCAUAAGACUUCAGCCCUGUCAGAAAUAAGCACCGGAGAAGAGGAGACCAGCUCUGAUUCAGACAGAGAUUCGUCUUCUUUCCCUGGAGCAGGCCAGAACAUGUCUGUCUCCAUCCAGACUAGCCAAGACUGGAAGCCCACUCGCAGCCUCAUUGAACAUGUCUUUGUCACAGAUGUGACAGCUAACCUGAUCACAGUGACUGUCAAGGAAUCUCCAACCAGUGUUGGCUUUUUCAAUCUUAGACAUUACUGAGUUCUAAGGCAUGCAGGAGAUAUCAAUCUUCUAUCUUUCUCUCUCUCUUUCUCUCAUUGACUCUACCUGAUGGUUGCCUUGGAUGUCAGAAAAGAAAAGAAAACCCAGGUGCUACUGCUUUGUAUAAGCUAGGUGCUAUUAGGUAGUAACUUUACUGGGAGGUUAUGUAAUUACUGGCCACAUUUGUUUUGAGUUUCUGCUUGUUUUCUCUCUGGAAACUCCCUGAAACUUACAGAGCAAUUCUUGGGAACCAAUUUAUUAUGCUGCUGAGAAGCAUAUACAUCUGUAUGUAGGGAUGGGAUUGAAGACUUUUUCAUGAGGUAUUGCUUUAGAUGCUUAUAUCAACUAAAAACAGAGGGUGUUGGAUAAAGACUUAUAGCCCAAGUUUUGCUAUAGCUGGACCUCUUAGCUUUAUUAUUUGAAAUGGAAAAAGAAUGCGAUACCUGGGUGCCUGGUAACCUGGAGCAGGGAAAAAACAAAGCAACUCUGUAGUAUGGUAACACUUGUGUUCACCAAAAUAAAUGGUCCUCAUUUUUCCAUCAAACUAUCCAAAUAUGACCUUUGUAAAUUCCAGGGACAAUGAACCAACCUCAUCUUCAAUUUAGGAGACUUAGAAAGAGGUGGGUGGAGUGAGAACUUUUACUUGUCAUUUGGUAUGACUUGUUUGCAAAAGCAAGUGGGGUGAUAUUAAAGAGAAUGCUGCCUCAGGGUCUGAGGGAGUGGGCCUAAAGAUCAUGGGCACUAUGGUCUGUGUGCUGCUUCAGUGUCUCAAAGGAAAUGUUAGCAUCUUGAAUAAGAAAUCUAGUUCUGAUAGACUUUUACAGUACUUCUAACUUAGCAGUGGCCAUUUACACUAUAUAAAUAUAGUACCAAUAUUCCACUUUAGCUGACACAAAGCCUCCUGUGGAACUGGAGCUUGUAAUUUGGUCAGAGACAACAGAGGACCUCUUUGCUGGAAAUGCUUAAAGCCUCCAUCAAAAACUGCAUAUCCCAAGAUAGAACUAGCAGUAUAAUGGCCUUGUUUAAAAGGGCCCCUGGAUGUCAUUGCACUCCUAAGCGGGGCCUAAAUCUCAUAGCAUGUAGGAGAAGAAAGUAAACUGGAUUAAUCCUAUGGAAAUGCUUUGAAACCUUCGGUUGUCUUUAGGUGCAAGGGACAUGUUUCUGUAUAGCUCACACAGCCAUAAGGGAUAUUGGCAUUUGAACUGGAACUAUGCAAAUGAUUCAUCUGAAUCCUAAAUCAGGUCAUAUUUGAUAAAGAGGUGAUGACCAAGAUCCUAUAUCAGAGCAUAACGCCAUCCACAUAGUUUCAUACAUGUUCCUCCUCACUAACUGCCCAGUCACUGUCAAGUCCUGGCAGAGGCUGCUGUUCCUCCUUCCUAUUGUGGAGGAGGCAAAUCAAUUCAGACCAUGAAGUGACAGCCAGAUUCAGUUCAGUGGCCAAUGCAGAGAAACAAAGGUGUAAUGCAUUAUCCAUUCUCUUUCCCCUGGAACCCAGGACAGCCAUAUAUACAUACAUGAUCUGAAUUGUCUCCCCAGUCACUUUCCCAAUGGGAAGAAGUUACAGCACCCUACCAGGCGUUUGACUGCUAUCUGAAGGAUAAGUUUUGGGUGAAAACAAGAGCAUUUCUAUCACUAAGGAUGCUGGCCAAAGUCUGAUAAAGCUAUUUAUGCAUUAGGGCUUUUUUUUCUCCCAAGGUGGAAACAAAGGACUUUCAUGUUGAUAGAAUAUUUUACAGAAUGGAUCUCCUAAACUAAGUUCAUCAGUGGACCUCAAUAUAUAUAUUUCAUAGUAAUAACAAAGUACCACCAAGGUAUCUUACCUAGAACAAAGUAAGACUGCUUUUCACUAAUAUAUGCAAUGUUGUCACUAAUUCUAAUAUAGUACAUUAAGUAGGCCUGUUAAGUCUACUUCAAAAUGAAAGCAUCCAGCUCCAGAAAUAUAAUAAUAAUGCAUUUAUUGUGAAUGUUGGUAUAUUGGAUCACUGGGGGAUUUAUAUUUGUAUUGUAUUCACUGUUCUUCAAUCUGGUUUCCUCGUUUUCUGUUUGCUCUGCACUCUCACUGCUAAAUGCUUGCUCUGUAGAAUAGUGUCUGCUGUAGUAUAUGUGAAUUCUCAUUUCUUCAGUGGUAGUAUUUUUUCUAAUAGAGCCUCUAAGACUAACAUAAUCUUCACCUACACAACCAUUCUCUCAUUUUGAGGCUGCCAAAUAGUAAUUCAGUUUGUUUCAUUUAUGCUUAGCCAGGGAAUUCUCCACUUGGAAAACUGGAGUACUUCCACUGGCUAGCAAUUUAAAAGCUGCUGGCAAAGCCUGUCAAGUUCAGGCUUGCAUAGCCUAGAUGCUGUUCCAGUUGUAUUUUUUGAUGUGGAAUUGGCUGGUCUGACUUUUGUAGUAAGGGAGGGUUGUUUUUUUAUGUUCUGCAUCAGGUAUUAUUUGGCCUUUGUAAAUGGUGAUUCCUUCUUCUACAGCAGUAAUUCCCAACAUUUGGUCCUCCAGUUGUUUUGGACUUCAACUCCCAGAAAUCCCAGCCAGCUUAUUAGGAAUUGUAGGAGCUGAAGUUCAAAACACCUGGAGGACCAGCGGUUGGGAACCACUGUUCUACAGUGUGCCUUCUGCACAUCCCAUGUGUGUUGCAAAACAUGUUGCAAUGACAACAUCUGACUUGCUUUUCUAGUUUGGCAAGCACUGAUUUGCGAUUGUUUGAUCUUUUUGCUGUCAGUAGCUAGCUCUCAAAGCUCUAAUGGAAAAGGGCCAAGAUUCUGAAGCAGAAUAAGAAGAUGAAACUCCACACUAUCUGAUCAUACUUGUAGUAUAUGAGUUGCAGAGAUCUGAUAGAUUGGCCAACCUUCUGAUUUGUUGUUGAAGUUAUCAGCUUUCAUGGUGGAGCCUCCUUCCAGUUUGGUCACAAGUGGGUUAAUAGGAUCCCCUUCAAUGGGGGUCCAUUGCUACAGCUGAGAUAUCGGGAAUAGAAACUAAUUCUACUUCUACCCAGCAGUGUUGUUAUUACAAAUGUAAAACACCUUAGUUUUCUGUAUAUUGUUGCUCUUACAGUGUUGCAAGGUUUGACAAGUACAUUCCAUUUGACCCUGGAGCUUUCUGUUCUUCUUUUCAUCUUUCCAGGUGCCUAACCAGUUCAUAUGUCAGUUUUGUAGAUUUUCUUUCUGCAACUAUAAUUUAAAUAUACAGUGGUUCACAUUUGUUGAGGGACUUUUCUUCCUUUUUUCAAACCUUUGUAUAGCUUCCUUGGGAUUCUUGCUUCUGCCCUUCAGUCAGUGCCAUUUGGUGACAGGCAUCUUUAUAUUGCCUGAACAAAUGAAAGGCCUGUUGCUCUUUCCCCCUUAUAUAGAAGCCCUAAUGUGGUGCCUUUCUGUUAAUCAGUUCUUUCAAUUCCAAAGUUUGUUAUCCUGGAACUGCCUUACCUAUAUAUAACCAGUAAGAUAGCCCACUCCUCUGACAACUUGGAUAAACUUUAUUAGUUGUUUGAUGCACAAUUGGAUCAAAAGUUUAAAAAUACUGAAAAUAUGGCAAUUUAAAUUGAAUCUGUUGUUUUUCAAAGUGAUGCUAUGUUCUUCAUUUGUUACAGUUAGUAUUCAAAGCUUACCGUUUCACUUUGUUAUUAACUUUGGUGCUGAUUGCAUUUCUGGCAUGGCAAAAUUUUAUUUAAAGUGUUGGUGUUACUUUUCCCAACCUUUGAAAAUUGCCAAAUAGUGCUACAAUAUUUAUGUAUCAAAUUGAUUUUUCCUUGAAGAAACUUAUUUGCUCCUAUACAUUGGUUGCUAGAAGAGCCCAAGUAUGUUCCACUUGCUAAAAGUUGCACCUACAGUACCAAAUACAUACAUAAGAGUUACUUUAUGUUGCAGUGUUUUGAUACACCAUUAAUACACAAAUGUGUACUCAAUUGUGAGUUCAGAAGAAAUGGCUUUCACAAGAAGGAAACUUGUGAAUAUUGGUUCAGUGCUUCUUGUAAUGUGUGUCAAUCACUGUGUGUUUAAUUUUAAGAAAGCCAAAUAGUUCUUGUAUGACAUUUUCUAAUUGCUUUAACUAGAGCUGUUUCUUUGCUUUUGUCCUAAGCGAACAAAAGUUGGAGAUGUUAUUACCCUGGGAAAGCUUAGGUUCUUUGUUCAAGUGGGACAGACUUUCCAGCCAGAAUAUUAAACAAGGUUGAAAGCAACGUCUGCCCCAUUGAUUUUUCUUGGGGCACUUACUGCUGCAUUUUGGGGUUUGCUUGUUUUCCCUGACUGGACUAGCUUGCUUGCUUCUCAUGUGUGAUGUCUUAUCUUACAGUAUUCCUGACCAUUAAUACUAGUUUAGGCUUGAGAUUUCUAGUCUGUUUGUUUUUUAAUUUAUUUUGCAGGUUAAAGAAAUCCUCCUAGAAGAUGUUAUGCUGGAGAAUUUUGUAUAACUUCCAAUUCAUUGUUUUAGUAUCAAUAAAUAUUUUUUUAACUUUUCA